UGUUCUUUGCUAAGAUUAGUGUGCUUAAAUAUUUUACCCUGGAAGAGAGUAGGCUUUCUCUGUGAUUGAUUACUCAGGGCUGUGUCCACAAAGCUCAUGUGCUGAAACCUAAUUCCUAAAGAGAGGGCUUGGAGGCGGGAACUCCAGGAAGGGCUGGGUCAUGGGGCCUUGGGCCCUCAGGAGAGGGGUCCAGGGAAGGAAGAGUCUUGGGGCCACAAAAGCCGGUGUCAUGAGUCUGGCCCAGCCCACAGCCUGGCAGGAACAGGAUACCCCAGGGCAAUGAGGACACCCAGGGGGCCUUAGCCAGCCCCAACCCGCCACCCAACUGCAGAUCCAGAGCCGACCAGGAGAUGGCGCUGCUCCCAGGCCUGCUCCUCCUGGCCCUGCUGGCUCUGACGAGGGGACCCAGAGUGGAAGGCUCAGAGGAUACUGUCCCGCUGCAGACCCUGCGCUGCUACAAUGACUACACCAGCCGCAUCGUAUGCAGCUGGGCGGACACUGCAGCUGCCGGGCAGCUCAUCAAUGUGACCCUCCAUCGCAGAUUAUUAAAACAGCGCUAUGGAAAGCCAGUGUCCUGUGAAGUCACUAGCCACCUGCCCUGGUCCCACUGCCCGGCUCCUGACUGUGUGCCUAGAAGAUGUGUCAUUCCAUACAGUGGCUUCACCUCUGCAGACAAGGACUACUUCUCCUUCCAGCCAGACCGGCCUCUGAGCGUCCAGCUCACUGUGGCGCUGGCCCAGCACGUGCAGCCGCCUCCGCCCCAGGACGUCCAGAUCAAUGCCACUGGGGACCACUUCCUGCUGACCUGGAAUGUGCCCCUUGGGGAUCCCCAGACAUCCUGGCUGUCGCAGAGGGACCUGGAGUUCGAGGUGGCCUACAAGAGGCUUGAUGAGUCCUGGGAGAAUGCCACCAGCCUGCACUCCAGCUCCUCCCAGGUAUCCCUAGGGCCCGAUCUCCUGCUGUCCGACAGCACCUACACGGCCCGAGUGCGGACCCGGCUGGCCCCGGGCUCAGCCUUCUCAGGGCGGCCCAGCCAGUGGAGCCACGAGGUUGGCUGGAGCUCACAGCCAGGGGACAAUGCCCAGCCCCAGAACCUGCAGUGCGUCUUUGAUGGGGCCCACACGCUCAGCUGCUCCUGGGAGGUGAGAUCCCAGGUGACCAGCUCGGUGUCCUUUGGCCUCUUCUACAGGCCCAGCCCGGAUGCAGAGGAGAAGGAAUGUCUCCAGGUACAGAAGGAGGUGCACGGCGGCCUGUACACUCUCCACUCCUGCCAGAUCCGGGUCUCCAGCCCAGAGCUUCACAGCCAGUACUCCAUGACCGUGCGUCCUCGGACUGAAGAGAAACUCAUAGAGAGCUCAGAGCACAUCCAGAUGGCAGCACCAACCCUCAAUGUGACCAAGGAUGGAGACAGCUACAGCCUGCGUUGGGUGACACAGAAAAUGUACUAUUCACACAUUGAGAACAUCUUCCAGGUCCAGUACAGGAAGGAUAAGGACUCGUGGGAGGACAGCAAGAAUGAGAUCCUGAAGAAUGCCCACAGCAUGCCACUGCCACUCCUGGAGCCCGCCACCACCUACCUGGCCAGGGUGAGGGUCAGACCCAACCCUGAAAGCGGCUACAAUGGCAUCUGGAGUGAGUGGAGCCAGGAGCAGCGCUGGACCAUUGAGUGGGCACUGCCCACCUGGGUGCUGGCACUCCUCCUGGUCAUUGCCACCCUGGUGCUGCUCCUGGCCCUGCGCUUCUGCGGCCUCUACGGGUACAGGCUGAACAGGAAGUGGAAGGAGAAAAUCCCCAACCCCAGCAAGAGCCACCUCUUCCAGAAUGGAAGCACCGGGCUCCGCCUCCCAGAAAGCAUGAUGACCUUCGCUGGCAGGAGUGCCCCUUCCUGGGGUCUCCAGGCCAGCCUCUUCCCUGCAUUGGAGGGGGUGUGUGCUGUAGACUUCAGGGACGCUGAGCUGUCACCUCUCACCACAGAGGACCCCAAAGUUGUCUGUGAUCCUCCAUCAGAGCCUCAUUCCCCUCCAGCCGCCUCAGACCUCCCCGUGGAGCAGACCCCCAGUGUCCAGCCAGGCCUGCCAGCCCCCCAAAGCCGGCCCGAGGACCAGCUGGCCACCUUUGACUUCAAUGGUCCCUACCUGGGGCCACCCCACAGCCGCUCCCUGCCUGACCUCGCAGGCCAGCAGGUGUCAGUGCAGGGCCCCAGGACAACCCUGCCAGGCUCCCUGGAGUACCUGUGUCUGCCCCCUGGGGGACAGGUGCAGCUGGUGCCUCUGGCCCAGGUCACAGGGCAGGGCCAGGCUGCCCCUAGGGAGUUUCUGCCUAGAGCUGGCAUCCAGGACAGCCCCUACCUGGACGCUGGGGGAGGCCCUACCCCUCCUGCAUCUGAGCCCAGUCACCAGGGACAGGACCCAGGGGACAGCCCAGGCUUUCUGCCCACAAGCUCUGGGGUCCCUGAGCACCCUGUCAUGGCCACUGGUUAUGUCACCACUGCAGACCUGGUCCUGACCUUGUCCACAGGGGCCUCCUCUGUUUCUCUGGCUCCCCCUCUGGAUCUCCAGAACCCCAGCCUCUGCCCAGCCCUGCCUGGUGGGCCCUCUGCAGCCCCAACUAUGGGGAAACCGGCGUUUGAGGGUUAUGUGGAGCUCCCUCCACCCAUGGGACUGUCCCCUAACUCCUCUCUGGGCAGCCCUGUACCUCCUGCAUCCAGUAGCCCUGUCCUGAGCCCAGGGGAGCCCCAUGGGGAUGUGCCCCCACUGUCCCCAGCCCCUGAGGGGCUGCUUGUCCUGCAGCAGGUAGGCGACUACUGCUUCCUCCCUGGCCUAGGACCUGGUCCCCUCUCACCCCGCAGCAAGCCAUCUUCCCCCAUACCUUGUCCGGAGUUUGGUAUCAAAGACAUAGAUCGGGGAUUCCCAGUUAAGAAACCCCCAGGCCAGCCUGUAGCCCAGGUGCCUGCUAUUCAGUUCUUUAAGUCCUUGAAGCAGCAAGAUUACCUGGCACUACCACCCUGGGAGAUCAGCAGGCCCCAUGAGGUGUGCUGACCCCACCGCACCCUGCAUCCUGCCUGUCACCUCUCCCGAGCAUGGGGCAUCUAUGCUGACAUAGACAGGACCAUCAGAGCCCUCCACCCCUCUGGGCCUUCUGGGCCUUCUGCAAUUCCUUUUCUCCACUGCCCCUCUGAUACACACACACACACACACACACACACACACACACACCUUUCUUUUGGGUUACUUCCAUAUUCCGAGCUAUUAGAGCUUUCUGGACACAGCCGCCUCCCUCCCUCCCACCUUGUUUUCAUUGGGUUCCCUUGCCUUCUGUAUUCUCUUUGUUGUUUGCUCAUUACUGGAGUGAGGCUGGAGCCCAGGGAGGCUGUCCUGAGUGUCAGAACUGCCAGGGUGUUGCCAAACUCUGGUGGGCAGCCUAUGCUCCGUGGGCUCCCAGGCACAGCAUGUGCUUCUGGGAGCUGAAGGAGAGCUGGGUGGGUGACUUGGGGCAAGACUGUGAGACAAGGAAGGUGCUCACUUUCAUCCUUGACUCAACUGUCACUCCAGGAAACGGCCAUGAGUGGGGACAUACAAUGGCAGAGUGUGCACAGCUGUUAUGAGUUCCUGGGAAGCUCUGCUGGUGUCCCCAGGGGUGACUCAGGGGUCUCGGGGACCCCUGCCAUAGAGAGAAACCACUGAUCUGGGCAAUGCCACAUGGUCCUUGCCAUAUGGGUCAGGCUGGUGAGACAGAGGGAACAUCAGGAAGGGUCAACUGUGUGGACCACCAUGUGGAAGUUGGGGAAACUACUCCACGAUGGGUGGAAGGGAAUCCCCCGGGGGACACAGGCCCUGAAGCUGGGGCUGCGUGGUCCCUGCUCUCCCUGCAGCAGACCAUGUGCUCUGGCUCCCCCUGGCUGCAGACCUGGGCCUGUUAGGGUUCUUUGCAAUCUUUGCCUUUCUGAUACAGAAAAAUAAUGGCAUUACAUUGUUUUAAUUUCCAUUAUCUGAGCAUUAUCCAUUGAGCAUAAUUUCUUAUGUGCCUUGCACACUAGUAUUUUUUCUCACAGGGCUAAAGCCCAUGGAGGUCUUCAUUUGGUUAGAUGUUAUGUGUUUCUAAUAAAGUUUUUCAAAGUAUUCUAAGUGUGGCCAUUCAUAAAUGGUGCAAAUUUGUGCCUCUGGUUCAUCCUUUGUCUUCCAACAUUGCACAAGUGGCAUUCGAUGAUUACAUGCCUGUGUUGUCAGGAGUUCGUGAGACAUGCCUCUAAUUUGGGGACCAAAUUUAAAAAGCUUUCUCCAGAGCAAAGUCGAAUUUGUCCUAAUUUAUAUUGUUUCCAGUUCCUCUUCUGCAUCAAGAUUUUCAUGUAAAGUUUUAAUUCAUUUGGAACCCAGAAGAUCUCUUUCUGUUUCUCCAGGUGAAACACCAGGUGACUUGCAGCAGGGUCAGAUCACCUGCUCUUUGUCUAGGCCUGAAAUGCCAAUUUUAUGAUACAGGUAGUCCCCACCUGAGCUUCAUUCAUUUCUAGACUUCCUUUCUCAAGGAUAUUGGGGGCUCCAGCUUUAUAAUAGACCUUAAUAAGUAGCAGGGCAAAGAGUCUGGUUACCUCUUAUUUGCCUGUCCUUGUUCCCUACUGCAAUGUUUGUGAUCCAAGAAAAUCAUAAACAACCUGAAUGUUUGUCAAACGUGCAACUCGUGACAGUAUGGCAGUACCAUCUACACUAGUCAUAGCAACUUCUGUGGAAAAAGAGUGA